GCAGGUUGUUAUUUUCACUCUGAAUGGCACAAAACCCCAGUGGCUGCUCCCUAACAGUUGAUUUCCGUGCCAAAACACCCGAAAAUGGUUCGCGAGAGUAUGGAAGAUACGUUUGGACCAAAAAAGAUGACCAAAAAGUCCAUCGUGGAUUCGUGCAAGAAGAACAAACUCUACAUUACACCGCACCUUAACGACAUCCUAUAUCUGAACUACUCAGGGUACAACGCUAUUGAAUCCCUGGAGGAAUAUGUUGGAUUGAAGUGCCUGUGGCUAGAGUGCAAUGCCAUAUCGGAGAUCAAAGGAUUGGAAUACCAAACGGAGCUUAAAUGUUUGUAUCUGCAAAAUAAUCUUAUCUCGAAAAUCGAAAAUCUGGAUACUUGCAAACAGCUAGACACACUGAAUUUGUCCCAUAAUCAUAUUAACAGAAUCGAGAAUUGUGGCUAUGAUAUUCUUCCGGUAUUGAACACACUGAACGUGUCACACAACUAUUUGAGGACCGCCGAACAUUUGGAUAAUUUACGUUACUGUCACUUUGUAUCCGUUUUGGAUAUCUCGCACAACCGCAUCGAAGACCUCGCAAUCGUCAAGAUUUUGGGUGACAUGAAAGAGCUACGCGUCCUCACUCUGACCGGAAAUCCGGUUGUCAAUGAAAUACCUUCCUACAGAAAAACACUUAUCUUGGAAUGCAAAAAUCUCACUUAUCUGGACACUCGUCCUGUGACUGAUCGCGAUCGAGCUUGCGCCGAAGCAUGGAAACGAGGAGGAUAUGAGGAAGAGCGCAAAGAGCUACUCCGCUGGAAGAAGGAAGAACAAAAAAAGAUCCGUCGAAGUAUCAAUGCAACCUUGAGGAUGCGACAUCGAGGUGAUGGAGAGCCGGAAUUGUUAAAAACCAGCAGUGAUGAGGAAGAUGAAAAUAAGCCCACAAAAGGUGGAAAAGAUUUGAGUUCAAUGCUUGAAAUAAAUCAUGAGACUAAUGAACAGGCUUGGGCUAAAGUCGAAAAGAUGUUCUGUACUGUACCAAGCGAAACUGGGUCACCGGGAAUUUUCCAACUAUUUACUCCUAGAAGAGCUGGUGGAGCCGAUGGCGAGGAUGGUGAUGAAGAAUUUGAGAUCAAUGAUCAAGAGGUAGUAGAAGAAGCUCGAACUAAUGACGAACAUAGCGGUUUUGUACCGACCAAAAAAUUAAUUGAAGAAAUCUCAUCGGAUAUUGAUGAAACCAACGAAACGUCUUUUGAAUUGAAUACUGAAAUCGCUCUCUCAGACAGUCAAUUAGAGGUGACAUCAUUAAUUGACAAUUUGGUUGAAAAUAGCUGCAUUUCGACACCGAAUGAUAGACAUAAUAAGCCCUUGGAUCAAAAUUCUGAGGUGAAUCUGGAACAGCUAUCAGUGGCAGUUGAAAAUCUUUUAAUUGGAUCUCCUUUGUCUCCACGAAGCAAUGACAUUGAACCUAAAACCAUGAUCGAAGAAAUUCAAUUAUCGGAUACAGAAGAAGAACAACACGGCGAAGUUGAGCCGAUCUUAGAGCCCGUCAGUAAGAAUAUGGAAAAAGUAAUUUCCACUGAAAAAGAAGAUGAUACUUUGAAUGUACUAAUCGAAACAAACGAAGGUAUUUCAAUUACAAUGGAAUCAAAAGAUGGUGAGCUGAUUAGUAAGAUCGAAUCUCGUCCACCAUCGGUUGAAUGCAAGAAAUACAAAGUCGUAUCUACAGAGGACUUUGAUAACUCCGAAUCUGAGCAAACCGACGUAACAAACGAUGAUCGUGAAUAUAAAAGCAGCAGCGUUUCUGUUACUUCCAGCACUGAUUCGUCAGAUAGUGAAGACAUGUUUGACAAAAUCAUCCCAAAUAAACAUCCCAAGUUGUCCACAAAUUACGCCGAAGAUUCAACCACUUCCACAGACACCGAAGGCGAAUCGAGCUCUGUUUCGAAGCUUCCAAUUAACCUGGAGAAGGAAAAGUCAAUUGCGGCAUGUAUUGAUGAGUAUAAAAAGUUCUUCAAAGCAGCAAAAGUAUUGGAAAGCAGCCCGGAAGACGAAUCCAGAACUAAAAUUUCCCGACCUCAAACCGCCAAGUCUAAGCGAACCGACCCGAUAGUCUACGAAGGUGUUCUGCGCAGCAUGGAGAAGAACUCAAGCCGGGCAAAAAUUGAAGAAGCAAGAGCAGAGGCACAAGAAUCCAAAGAAAAGGUCAUUGAUCGUCUGAUUGAGCAGCAGAACUCGGUUGAUAUGAAUUUAGAGGUGCAGAAAAUUUCGAUCGGUGGGCAGGAGCAUGAUUUUAACGAAUAUAGACUCCAAGCUUUCAAAAAAGAUCAGGAAAAGUUGCAGUGUUUGAUCGACCGAGUUACUGCUCAGAAAGAUUUGUAUAACGAGCAUAUUGAGCAAAUCCAUGCUCAGCUAGCAAACAUCAUGGAGGACUAUGAUCAGAUUGGAGUAAAGCUCAAGCAGGUUGAUGAUCUACUCGAGAACAUUAAGGAAGAACCGAAAACUUUAGAAUUGGCGGAAUUGUCAAACACUUGCGAGGAAGAUAUUCCAGAAGAACUUGAGGAAGGGCUGUCGUCUGAACAUGAAGAGGAACUAGUUGGAAACGAAAAUGUCGCAGAGCUAAUUGUCAAGAAAAUGGUUGAUCAACCGGAGGAAACACCCCUUGGAGAGUCAAUGCCAAACUCGGAUGACACUUCAGAAUCGUCGUCUGCUGAAGAGGAUUUGAUGGAUUUUAUUAGACCAGAUCAUACUCUUUUGGAAAUUUUGUCUUCUGCAAAGCCCAUACCAAUCCUAGAUCCCGAGCUUGUUCCUAACAUUGGGAAUGAUUUCCAAUACGAUCCAGUUUACCAAAAAUUCAUCGAGAUUCAAGAAGAAAUCGACAAACUCACUGAAGAUGAGUUGUAUGACAUUGUUUCAGGGGCAACGGGGGAGUUUUCUGAAGCACCACACAUUGAACAGUGCUUGAACAGCCAGGUUGAUCAGUAUUGGAAGCAGUAUGAAGAUAUUGAAGAUUUCCGGAAGAACAUCAACUUGGACUCGCAUCCCAUCAUCAAAAAGUUUCGUCAAUUCAUCCGUUGUCACUGUGAGAAUAUAAAUGCUGACGAAUCCAACAACGAGGUGAUGAUUGGUAACCUGGACAAGGUAUGCCGAAAACUUGAAAGACGGCUUUCGAAUCAACUAUUUGACGAGUACUUGGAGUUUAGUCGGAAGGCGAGCAUCGCCACGAUCGGAGGCGAAUCCAGUGCUAAUGAAAUCGAGCUGAUUGAAGUCGAUGAAGGCGCGCAAGAUGCCGUGUCGGAGGUUGUGGAGAAGAUAUCAGCUUGGAUUGAGCAAGAAGUGCAAGUAGAGCCCAUUGAGCAACCUGAAGCAUGCGAUAAUGGUCUAGUUCGCACAGCACAGGACAUGGAAGAUGUAGAAUCUGAGCCUGUGGAAAUAUGCAACGAAACUGUUGAAACUGAAUGUACGACUUUGAUGUGAAAUUAUGACUAUUUGUUGUUUAUUUAACUAAGUAGCGUUUUAAUGUAAUAAAUGCACGAGUUUCUUAAAGAUACAAUAUCAAAACAUG